ACCCCGCCGCCCGCGCGGGCCACUGCCUGGGCGAGGGCUGGAAAGCCUGGAGGGCCGAUCUGACCCACCGAAAGUGCCCGAGGCAGGGGGCGCCCGGGUCCCAGGGCCUUGGGGAAGGCCCCCCAGCCUCAUGCCGGCCCCAAGUGCAAAGCAUUGACACGUUCCAGAGAGGAGAGGGGGCGCCCUUUCCCUCCCGCGCCCGGAGGCCCGGCCGCUCUGGCCUGCGCCCCAGCCUGGCCUCCCACCCCACUCCCGGUCACCGCCCCGGGUCCAUGCACUUCGGAGGGAGGCUGCGGGCACUGGAAAGCCAGGCCGGUGGGCGGGCAAGUCAGGCGGCUCGGGCGGCCGAGGUCCCGGAGCCGAACUCAGGUAGCCGGAGCCGGCUGGGAUUCCACCAACCGCUCCAGCCCACCAUCCAGCAGUCACCCGGAGGACCUGCCUCAGACACUCUUAAGAUUCUUUAUCGACCCUCCCCAAUCAAACUUCUGCUUAGAAUACCCUUGGAUCAUCGGAAACUGGCGCUGGGGCGGCCCAAGCAGCCUCUCGAGCGGCGCCUUGCGGCUCGCAGCUCCUCCUCCGCCCUACUCUCGCCUGGGUCUACCCACCCCCCACUCUCCUUCCCAGGAACAGGCGCCCCUGGGGGAGUCCCCCCGGGCAGAGUGUGCGUGUCUCUUUAAGAGGCCCCGGGGGGCGCCUCGCGGGCCGCCCGGGGCUGGAGGGGGAGGGCACCG